AUGCAGGCCAUAAAAGGACAAGCUGAGCUUGUGCGCAAGGCAAAGCUUGCCCGCUCAUAUCAAGAGCUUCUCGAUGAGUUCGCGAGCCAUGACCUCAAAUCUGUUGGCAACUACGCUCUCGGACGGCUGAUCGGGAAAGGUUCAUUCGGCAAGGUUUACCUUGCAUCACACAAGCUCACAAAUGGCUCCAAGGUAGUCCUCAAGUCUGCCAACAAGGGCGACUCCAACCUCGCGCGCGAGAUCCACCACCACCGACAAUUUAUACAUCCACACAUCGCAAGAUUAUACGAGGUUAUUGUGACGGAGAACAUGGUCUGGAUGGUCCUUGAGUACUGUUCCGGCGAUGAACUCUACAACCAUCUUCUCGAAAACGGCCCGCUCCCAGUCCACAAAGUUCAAAAGAUCUUCACACAGCUCGUCGGUGCGGUUAGCUACGUUCACAACCAGUCUUGCGUUCACCGCGAUCUCAAGCUAGAGAACAUUCUCUUCGAUAAACACGAAAACGUCAAACUCGUCGACUUCGGAUUCACAAGAGAAUACGAGGGCAGAACCAACCACUUGCAGACGUUUUGCGGCACCAUUUGCUACUCGGCACCCGAAAUGCUCAAAGGAGAACGAUAUGCUGGAGAGAAGGUCGAUGUCUGGAGUUUGGGCAUCAUCCUUUACGCACUCCUAUGCGGAGAACUUCCUUUCGACGAUGACGACGACAAUGUGACGCGGACCAAGAUCUUGAGCGAAGAUCCCAAAUUUCCUGAACACAUGCCUCCUGAUGCGAUUCCCUUGAUCAGGGGACUACUGUCCAAGAGGCCGCUUUUGCGACCAACUCUGCCCGAGAUUAUGUCUAAUUCAUUCCUGUCAGAGCAUGCUCCAACUCAAAGAGCCAUAUUGAACGUCCAGCAGGCACCCCCCUUCUCAACACCCCUAGAGAAGGACUGUCUGCAGAGAAUGCGAAGCGCCGGUGUUAACAUUGAUGGGGUGAUUGAAAGCGUACUUGCGCAGAAAUGCGAUGCGCUAGCUGGUUGGUGGGCUCUCUUGCUAGAAAAGGAGCACCGCAAAAUGCAACGCAGAGAAAAGAAGAGAAGGGAGAGAGAGCCCGACAGUCGAAGUAUACGACGACUUUCCGCUGCGUCGAGCCGAUUAGAAAGGAUGGCACCUAUUCUGCACGAAGUCGACGAAGCAAACGGCACAGGACGACAUCUGAGACUGGAACAAUCGAAUUCCCGAAACAGGGGAAGAAGCGAGCGGCGAAGCGCACAUUACGUUGACUACAUCGUGUCAGAUCUUCCACAACUUCCCGAAGUUAGUAGGGACUCUGGGAAUACUGCAGAUGACGAUCGACCCCCACCACCUGUUGACAAGGAUUCGAUUCGGUCUGUAUCGACAUCUCGCCAGCGCAGACCUAUACCGCCACCUAAGGAGGGCAUGAUACGGAGUGCUCGGUCUCGAGGCUCGACCCUUCAUCUGGUAACUACUUCGGAUGCACUCGCCUCUAACGGCAGCAGUGAACAUGCUCACCAUCAACAGAACGGCCACGAGAGACCACGAAGAAGGCCUAGCCAGCCACUCAUAUCCCACUGGAAGAAUGUGACACAUUGGCUUGUUGAGAGCGCAACACGGAGACGACGUGGUCAUGCCCGGCGGACGAGUCAGAGUACGCCCGAUCUCCAUAAAAAGGAGGGGAGCACAGCCAGCAGCAAGGAUGGGAGUUCGCGACCGCAGACAAGCAAAUACCCUACCACGGCUUCGCCAGGCACCCAGCCGACAGCGGCUCUACCAAAGGGAGUUGUAGCUAAUGGCCAAAAGACAUAUCAAAUUGGGAGCAGUGUCCAAAGAACGCCCUCGGGUAAUUUAGCGUCACCGACCAUGCAGCCACCUCGGAUUGCUACAUCUUACAAGCGGCAGUCACUAUCGCCUUCUCCCCUCACGCCAAGGUCGACUGUGAGGCGGUCAUCAGCUGGACUGCGAGGCCGAAAGUCGACAUCCUCCUCAGUAUCCUCAGUGCGCUCGAUUCAUCACCAUCAUCACACCCAUUCCAAGGCGUCGUCUACAAGUUCAGCUGCUUCGUUUUCUACGUCCAUGUCAAAAACCCCGCUCCAACGAGGCCACUCGCCUCACCAUUCAGUAAAGGUUCUACCAGCGACGCCAACUUCUGUUGCAUUUCCAUCGAACAUUCGUCUUGUCCGCGCCACGCCACCGACGUUGAACAUGUUCAAUGAAGGUAUGCCAUCUGAAGGUCCAUCGGCAGCUCCUGGAUCGCCUAAUCCUUUUGUUUCAGGGAUCAUGUUUGCCAAAAGAAAGCGAAAUUUGUUCAAGGGUCCAACUCUUAAUAACUUUGGUGGGCCUUCUCAAGGACAACGCAACAGUGGAUCUGGGUCGCAUUCCCGCAGCGCUAGUGCCUCUGGCCUGGGACGCCGGUCCGGAGAAAUCACCAUUCAAGAGGAGGAUGAAGGUUCAGAUGAAGAUGACGAUAUCGAAGAGGUUGACGUCUUCAGCCCGGUGAUAGGUCGCCCUGGCGAAAUGAUCGAAGAGCAGAUCUUCGAAGAGAAUGAGUCUCAACCAGACUUGGAACCUGCACCUACCAUCAUCCCAAACAAGCGGGGAAGUCUUAUUGCUGCGGAAAAGGCACCUGCGAUAUAA